CCAUGGUAACAGCAGUAACAGCGGACAAAAGCACUUCCUGUCCACAGUGAGAAGAAAGCGAAACCUUUUUCUUUUUCAUGACUUCAAACCUCAAAUCGUCCUUUUUGUUAUUUAUCCUUCUCCGGAGCCCUUGCCAUGGAUCUAACCAGACCCGAGUCCAAAACGGGUUCCAGCCAUGACCCGGGGACCGCCCGUGUGCCGCCGGCGUCCGCCAAGACCACCGGAGACCUCCAAGGCAGCUGCCCUCCCCCUCACGCCCCGGACCUGAACAAGUACAAGGUCCUCCCCGCCAUCCCCAGGGGCCGCUCUGGGACUCGGAGUCCGCCUCCCCAGGAGGAAGUGAGGGCGGAGUCCUGGUGUGACGGCGGCACCUUGCUGCUCGCCGUCAGCGCGCCGUGCGGCGGGAGCUUCGAGCAGCACUUUGAGCCCUCCGACCCCCUGCGGGUGGUGAGGGACAGCGCCGAGGUCAGGUUCGGGACCCGCUACGGCGAGGUUUCCAUAGCAACCAUGGACGUGCCUCGCAGGAGCUUCAGAGACUUGGAGCGGACUCUGGUCCAGUGCGGAGUCCACGACAGAUCAGUACUGUGCAUCUUUUUAAGUCAACAAUAGUCAACCACGCUUCCUUAUGGAAAGGACCCUUUCAAAAUAAGAUUAUUUCGGUGAAUAAUCCCCUUUGGAAAUGAGACUUAUUUUACCUUGAAAUGUUAUUUGCCAAGAGUCCGUUUGCCAAGUUUCUACUCAACACUUCCAUUAAAACA